ACUUUGUAGAGUAAAUGUAGUUUCCCCUCACCUAUUAUUAACUGAAAUCCAAGUGUCUAACAACAAGCUAACCCCAAAUUUGAACAACUUUUCUAUACCAUAAUGAGUAUUCCACUUUUUCCGAAAUGUUUACCAAGAUUUACUGAUCCCAAUUGGUUUGAUGUUGAUCAGCCAUGUGCCGACGAAGAUGAAAUUUCGCAGCUAGAGAAAGAACAUCAAGAUUGGAUUGAGGCCAUCACCCUAACAAAUUCCGAUUCGAUCCCCAUUGGAAAAACAAAUUCAGAGGCCAUCGAAGAUGACGAAGAUGAGGACGAUGAAGACGACAAUGAUGAUGACGACGAUUCUGACAGCCACGAUGACGACGAGGAGGAAGAAAUUGAAAUUGAUCCAGAACGAAUUCAUAGUUAAACCAUAGAUAUUAUGUUUACUUAAUCCUAUUUAUUUAUAUUUCAUUUUUUUCACAAAUAAAGUAACAAAA